AUGAAACCACGGAAGAUUCCUUCAAGUGCCAAAGAAACUACAAAAGUUGGAGAAACCAAGGGCCCGCAGAAUAAAAGACUGUUCCAAUAUUCCAUGAAAUGGCAAACAAGAUUAAAAGCAAACCGAAAGGGGUGCAAGGAAAUGAAUGAAUCUAAAACAUUGGAAAUCCAUACCGAUGAUAUUUCCAUCAAGCCGAGAAGAGUUCCCAAAGACAGGGCCAUAGCCUCAUAUAUACCAAUGCCAAUAGCUAAAGAUGCUGCAACACUGAGGAGAGGAAUGUUGAAAAGCUUCGAGAUGAUGUUAAAAAGUGAUACAGAGACACCAGCUGAAUCCAACUCCACAGAACCUAUAUCAUGUGUACAUCGCAAGAAAAAGGUUAUGAUACUCCAAGCUACUAACAAAGUUCAUCGAGCUUCUCAGGUGAUCAGGCGAAAGCCUCAGCAAUCCGCGUCAAACAAACAGAUGCAUAUUCCAAAACCUAAGAAUCACACAAAAGAAUAUACAGGAUACUGUAAGAGAUUUGUCAACAACGGUACAGCCUCUAUAACGAUAUCAUCAAGAAUGAAGUUCAGCUCACAAAAGAGUGGACUUAUCUAUUUGAAGUCACCAGACAACACAAAUUAA